AUGAAAGGCUGGAGAGAAUAUCGGCCCGAACUCAUCAAGAGUGACCUACAGAAUGCCUCGUUCCCUCUUGAAGAUCCGCCGGAAGAUCUCUAUGAUGACAUUGCGACCAUUGAUGCAUAUCUCAAUGGAGGGGUUGAGGUGGAAGUCGAGCGGAUCAAUCGCUCGGACGACGGGCGGCACAAAGUGCAGUUCAUACUGACAGUCAGAUGCCAUGUAGGUAUCAGAACUUCCUCGGACGGCCAUGGCGCGCUAUGUGCUCGAUUUAGAAUUGCAGACACCAGCUCCAAUAGUGUUGUGCCGUGGGACCGCUUGGCUGGUCAAGAUCCUUUGUCCGUUCAGGUUGUUGAGAUUUCUCGCACCUGGUUAAAGACUUGUAACGAUAACCAUCAGUCCUGUGUUGCUGAGUCUCCUCAGUUGCCAGCUCGCUUCUUGGACAUAGCUGACGAUGCUGAUUUCUCUCAUGUUUUCCUUAAAGAGCUGCGAGUCUUUGACCACAGCACAGACAGUCGCUAUGUUGCUCUCAGCCAUUGCUGGGGCACAGGCCAGAAUCUGUGCACAACUCGGUCGACUUUGCAAAAGCACAAGCAUGGAAUCAAGGUGUCCGAACUGCCCCCGACAUUCAGAGAUGCUGAUGACCCGCACGACUGGCAGAUAGAAUCAGCCAAGAUGGCUUCAAUAUAUCGAGACGCCUAUUUCGUCCUUGGCGCUGCUUGCGGCGAGUCUGACGCUCAGGGCUUUCUCCACGCGCGCCAUUGGCAAGAUGUGGUUACGCUUACACCGUUAGACACAGGGACAACUUUGGCCCUACAACUCUUACCCACUGAGACCGAUGAAGAUCACGUCGACCCGGUUUCCCAGGAACCUCUGAGUAAGCGCGCUUGGUGCCUCCAGGAGAGAUACCUUCCCCGAAGAAUGCUGUUGUAUGGAUCCCAGCGGAUCCUGUGGGAAUGCCAGAAGAUGAGCGCCAGCGAAGAGGGCGACAUAACGCUGCAUGACGGCAGCCAUCUAGAGCGGAUCUGCAAGACAGCCAACAUACCGGCGUCUGUCCUUGCACGUGCAUGUAGGGGGCGCUAUGAAGGAGACAAGGAUGUGAAUUAUGUCGACUGGUAUAAAAUGGUUGAGGACUAUACCGGACGUUUCAUCACAAAAGCUUCUGAUCGGCUGCCUGCCCUAAGUGGCCUGUGGAAGAAUGGCCUAAUCGAGGGUCUAACUUGGUGCGGGAGUCAAGGAGCCGAAAAGUUAGAAGAGCCCGGAGAGUACAUCUCUCCGUCAUGGUCCUGGGCAUCCGUCGCUGGAACAGUCCGGUUUCCUAUAUACAGCUGGUAUGAGCGAGCCCGCUGGUCAGCCAACAUGUCCGAUUUCGAGCCACUAGCGGAGUACGUGAGCCAUUCGUUAGACCUUCUGGACCUAGACCAACACGGACGUCUCAAGGGGGGAUGGUUACGGAUCAAUGCGCCUCUAUUCCCAAUCAUAUCUCUAGAGCCUCGUCAGAGUUCACCACCAAGUCUCGUUUUAUACUUUGGCGUGGCCCCAAUGCGAUCUCCUUUUGCAGACAAAACAAUCGGGGUGCGGCUAGAGUCCACGCACGAAACAAUAGAGGCAUGGCUAGAGGGCGGAUUUGACAAACCGCACGACGAAAACGUCUCCCUCGACCAACUUUUCGUUGUCUUCUUAACUCGGCUACCAUUGAUCCUUGAAAAUGGCUUCAUGGAGCACCGAUUUGGCCUCAUCGUCAAGAAGACGGGAGAUGGUGAGCAGUACCGGCGCGUUGGCUUCGUCGAUGGGCUUGUUCUGCGGAAAGUGUAUACUCGUCUGAAGAGGUGGGCUUUGAAAAUUGCAGGUGAUCCUGAUGCAGAGGCAUAUGGAGUUGCGGGAUUCCGACGACCUUUACAGGAUGGAGAUAUGCAUAAUUUGGAUGAACGUCCCAACAGACUAGCAUACGAUGCGUUAUGGGUCCAUGGAACCGAUAUAACUCUAGUAUAA